CUCUCUAGAACCACCUACACCCUCCUCCCUCUCUCUCACUCCAAAAUCUAUACAUACAUACAUAUAUAUACACACACAUACAGACGCAGCAGCUAUACAGUUAACAGCAAACUCGAAUCAAGAAUCAAGAAAUAUCAUCGAUCGAUCAUGGCUGACAAAUCAACAAGACGCCUCUCCACCGCCGCCGCCGCCGUCUUCUCGGCUCUCCUCUUCCUCCUCUUCCCAACAAUGACCACCGCCCUCGUGCCGUACACGCGCUCCCUCUGGGACGCCAUGUUCCCCUCCGACGUGGACCCCUUCAAGAUUCUGGAACACUCCCCGCUCUCCAUCCCACGCGCCGCCGCGCCGGACGACACGACCGGCCUGGCCCUGGCCCGGGCCGACUGGCGCGAGACCGCCGGCGAGCAUCAGAUCUCCCUGGACGUCCCCGGCAUGACCAAAGACGAUGUCACGAUCCAGGUGGAGGAGAACCGCGUCCUGAGCGUCACCGGCGAGCGGAAGAAGGAGGCGGAGGAGAAGGACGACCGGUGGCACAGAGUGGAGCGCACCGUCGGAAAAUUCUGGCGGCAAUUCCGGCUGCCGCAGAACGCGGACAUGGAGAAGGUGAAGGCUCGCAUGGAGGCGGGAGUGCUGAGAAUCACCAUUCCCAAAUUGUCCCAAGGGGAAAAGAAGAAGGAGCCCAAAGUGAUCACCAUCGCCGCCGAUGACAAGGCUGCUUCCGCCGGCGAGAACGUUGCUACCAUUUCCGGCGCCGGCAGACAGGAGCUUUAAUUUUAAUUUAAUUAAAUAACUGGAAACUGCGUAUAGUAAUGUAUUAUGUGCCCUUGCGUUACGAAUAAUGUACUCCUUAAUAAAGCUAAGCUGCUGUAGAAUUCUUUUUUUAAAAAAUAAUGUCAUGUUUAAAAUAUUAUAUCAAAUAUUAAUAUUUUAAAAAAAUUCUUAUUCAA